AUGGCUUUUAAUUUCGACAGUGGGCAGUUCAACAAAGAGACAACUCCGAAACGGCUUGGUAACUGGCAAGUACCACGUUGGGCGCCAACUCGAGCUCGUCCUGUGGAAAUGCGACCAAACCCGAAACCUAUAUGUGAUAUCAACGGUCGGUUUCUACCAGGGGCGCCUCGUGGAUCGUCUAAAUGUUUCGGCCACUACACUGGAACUUGGGAAUUACCUAGAAAGAUUACAAGGAAAGUCGCUGAAGAGUUAACGAAGGAACCACCGGACGGGAGAUUUUCCGAUUGGCUGAAUCUUCAUGUUCAAAGACAAAAUGUGUCGUCUUCGACUGGAGCGAGCAUGCGCAGAGGACAAUGUGGUAAAGCAAAGGAGGAGGCAAAACAAGCGCCAGAUGAUCAGACAUUUAUAGUAAGUUAA